AUGGGGGACCCAAACAAAAUCCACAGUUUUGAUGAAAGCAGCGUCACUGGAAGCUACACAGGAGCAGCAGAACAUUUAGGUGUGCGGGGAAUCACAAGGACCAACAGCUGCCAGUCAGACAGCAGCGGCUUCUUAGAGGAACCGUUCAUCCCUUCACUCUCUCAACACGCCACACCGGGACCUGAACUCAUCAAGGCUCUGUCAGGCCUGUCAGGAGGAAGCACUGACAGCCAGACCAGUGAGAGGCCAGCCUCCCCCUCUCCUUCUGUCCCUCCAUCUCCCCUGUUCUCUCCAUCUCUGACCUCUUCUAGUGUUGACAAACCUCCGCUUCCCCCUCCAAGUCCCUCACCAGUGCCUCCAUCAGUCUUUAGCCCUUCCCCAUCUCCUGUCUUCUGUCUCCCAAAACCUAACCUGCAAAAUUCAGAGACAGGGACGCCACUAGAUCAAGAUCAGUCGCUGACAAUCCAAUCUCCACGUCUCUCUAAUCCUGACCCGGUUUUUCCCUUUUCUCUCUCCGCUACGUCUUCCCCCACGCCACCUGGAGGGUCAGAGAAGAUUAAAACAGGGGAUGAGCAUGCUCCAGACGCCCAAAUGUUCACUUUCUGCCAUGAGUCUGAAGGCACAGCACAUUCAAAUGCCUCUCGUCCUGCAUCAACCUCUUCAGAUUUGAAUUCUCUAUUUUCUACGCCGACGACUAUGUCUUCUACACAGUCAGGUAGUCCAGAGAAGACUGAGGUGUCUUUACAUGAGAACUCCCUCUCUGAUUCAUCUCUCCUUCCCUCUGACUCCUCUUUACCUCCCUCUGCACAUACUGAUGUUCAUUGUCAACCUUCUUUAGCAUCUCCUCCACUAACUGAGUCCAUCUCCGAGAGUCUAGAACACAAUAACUUUCCCGUUUUCCUUUCCCCAGACUCCGAAACACCCUCCCCUCUCUCCUUUCAGCUUGACAAUCCCUCAGCUCUAUCCUAUGUCAAUCUGGACUCCUCUGAGUUUGAAGGUUUUCCCACACUGCCUUGCCUUUCCCCCAACCCUUCGUCAUCACAGUCACAUUCAGACGGACUGACAGAUCCAUCUGUUGGAAGACUUUCCGGCCUGACGGAGCAGUCCGUCCCCCAACAGGAUGGACCAUGUUGUCAUGUUGACAACACAGACUGUUUUCCAGACUCUCCUGUCCGAGACGUUAUUAAAAUGAAUCACCUAUCUUUGGACGUUGACGAUACCCAUCAGAGGAAUGGAAAAGGAGAGACAGAGGAUGAGAGACAUGCUGACACUGUGCAGACUCCAGAGGCUGUUGUUUACAUCUCAGAUACGGAGAGUUAUGCAAGUCUGUCAGAGGGUUCUAGAUUAGUCUCGGAGGAAGUAUGUAACCAAACAGAAAUAGACCCACAGGUCCCGUCCUGGAGUUUGCAUGAUGAGCUUUCAACUGGAACACAACCGGAAGAUUGUCAAAGGGAAAUUAAUGGCUUGGAACGUGAAUCCCUCAGAAGUUCUGAUGUGCAGGAGCCACACAGUAGAACUGAAGUCGAGCCAAAGGGUCUGAUCCAGAUUGAGAGCUUAGAUCUGGUGUUUCAAACCUCAGUGGAUGGUUCAGAAGGUGACAAUGGAGAGGUGGACGCCUUUUUUCAGCAACUUGAUACUGAAGGUCGAGCUUAUUGGGCAGAACCCAUACAGGUCUCCAAUUCAACCCCUGAAGAGUCAGCCAGCUUUGAAGACUCAGACAGAUGUCCUGGAAACACUGACCAGACGUCUCAAAAUGGAUCCGCCUCUUUAGAUAAUACCUCCUCCUCGCCCCAAGCUCCAUUCCCACCCCCCUCUGCAAGGCCACAUCUCAAACCAUCCAGCCGCUCUGUUUCUGUCCAGAUGUCUUCAUCUCUAUCUUCUCAUAUUGUCCAGAGGAAGGAUGUUCCCUACACGACUGACUCAAAACGCACCCUUCUCCCUAAUGUUCUCCCUUUGGAUACUUCCACCCCUUUCCGGGCUGUCCAGUCAUGGACGGACCUGCAAAUUCAACGAAACACUCUCACCAAUAAGUUACCGCAUGAGGCUCCUUACACUGUCCCAAAGGAAGAAACCGUACCGACAAGUGCCACAGAAACGACACAAAGUUCGACACUGAACUUCUCUUCAUCUCCAUAUUUCCCCGGGAUGGCUACAAAUGGCCAUAUGUCUGUCUCUGUGGAUAAAGGGCUUUGGCCGGAUGAGGAAGAGGUAGACAGGAUUGUUGAAGAGAAGCUUUGGGAGGGCGAUCACAUAGACACCAUGGCAUGCUGCUGCUCCUGUGAUCACCUGUGUACCUGUUGUACUCACAAGCAACACAAUCUGGGGAACAUUCCUUACUCUCUGGAUGAGUUGGAGGAGAUGAUGGUGUGUCUGCAGCAGUUUCGUUCUGUGCUCAGCAACAUGGAGGAGCAGCUCUCUGAAGACCAGGCUGCAGUUUACAGUGCUCUCUCUGAACAGGACAGGAACAAGGUCCGGGAUAUAGAAGACUUGAGGCUAGCAGUGAAACAGGAGGCUGCAGAAUUGGAGAUGCAGUUGAAUGAACUGGCCCAUCACUAUGACAACAGCUUGAAAAUGAAGAUGCACAGACUGUUGGAUGAGCAGUCGACCCUCUGCUCUCAGCUCAGAGUCUUUCUACCUGGAGCGACGGGAACAUCAUCUAACCAGGCUCCCAGCAGGACGGUAGCCGUCCAGUGCUGCCUGCUGCCCUGGAGCCCUCCAGCUGAUGGUCCCAGUGCUCCCAGUGCUCCUGUCUCCUCCUGGAGCACCUGGAACCCAGACUCCCUCAGAGAGGCUCCUCCUGGGUCAGAGUGUAUCUGCGAGGGCUUGGACUGUUCUCCCUCCAAGGCAGACAAGCUGGACAUGAUGGGCUUCCUGCAGAGAGUUUUAGGGUUUCUGUCUGAGACGACAUCUGACUUAUGAAAUCCUGAAGAUUCCUGAAGUCUUUCAUCAAUGGAAGAUUAUGCUUUAUCUUUUAUGAUUUACAGUUAUUUUUUUUAUUAUAAAUGCUUCACAUUUGACUUAGAACCAUGACAAAAUGCAUAAAAUGCAAACUUCUAAGUGACUGCCUUUUUUUUUGUAAUAGAAAAAGAUGAAAGCUUUAUUUAAAGGAGUGUGCAUGAGACGCUGCCAUGAACAAGUUCUUUGUGAUGACUGUUUUCAUUAAGUUUGAAUUAUUACACAUAUGAUGCAGAGUUGAUGCAAUGUUUGAGAUGCCUUUGUUAUUAUCAUAAACAUGUCAUAGCAGGUCUUAUUAUUAAACUUUAAGAAACUGAUUAUCUUUAUUUAUUGCUAUUGCAUUAAACUGUCAUAAGUGGUUUGUAUUCACAUUGUUGUCAUAAUUAGACGUGUUUCCACUGAGUACUUUUUGGAAAGCGGCGGAGUGUUUUGGCUCCGCCCACGAGUUAGUUCCCUUCCA